AUGCCCGAAAAGUUAUCGAUUGGACGAAACUUGCCUCCAGGGCCGUAUUUGGCUACCGUUGACAAGACCGACUUGUCGAUCGCUAGCGUUUACAGAAUCUACCCAGAUGUUUACCGAACCUUUAUGAACGGAGUAUAUCGUUAUAACUCGGGCAAGCAUGUUGAACUCGGGAUGGUCGAGCCAGAGACAGGCUUUGUGUUGGUCCCUAUACCAUCAAGACUCUAUAGCUUGUAUGACCCUAGACCUCUAGCCGGAGAGCGAGUGGGCGUAAAAGACAUUUACGAAGUCGCAGGCUUGAAAGCGACUUGGGGAAGCCUGGCUCACUGGAAACUCGCCGAGCCGUCCUCUUCUACCGGUCCUGCGCUCUCACAUCUUCUCGAUCUUGGAGCUGUAAUCGUCGGCAAACAAAAGACUGCACAAUUCGCAUCAGCUGGCGAUCCAUGGCAGUUCCAAGACUUUCAAUAUCCAUUCAAUCCGCGUGGAGAUGGUUGGUUGACAUGUUCUGCUUCAUCUUCUGGCGGUGCAUGUUCGAUCGCUGCGUAUGACUGGCUAGACUAUGCUCUAGGCUCAGAUACUGGUACUUCCAUGCGAAGACCAGCUGCUAGUGCUGGCGUAUACGCAAAUCGUCCUUCGCAAGGUCUUAUGGCCUUGGAUGAUGUGAUGCCUAUCAGUUACUCUACUGAUGCCUGUGGUGUCUUUACUCGAGAUCCGUGGAAGUGGGCUAAGUUUACAAAACACUUUUACAGCGAGCUUUUGAUGCAGAAUGAGUCCAUGACUGGAUUACCAGCUCUCGAAGUUCCGAAUCAUGAUGGUUUUCCCACCAAAAUCAUCUAUCCAGUCGAUCUUCUUCCUCUGACCAAUCCAGUAGCAGGAGCGAUUCUACAGGUGUUUAUUGGCAAACUUACAUCUGUGUUCAAUAUGACGGUACAUAAGCUCAAUGUAACACACGUCGUGGAUACCUCGGUCGUUAAUAUGACAGAUCUGACCGAAGCACUCACCAUCCUCUGGAAGUACGAUCAAAACGAACACAUCGCAAAGCCACUCCUCAGAAAGUGGGAAACUCGCUACGGUGGCUUUCCCCCCCUCGAUGAACCGAAUAGAUCAAUCAUGCGAGCUGCAGCAUCAGGUCCCACGGCAGCAGAACAUCAAGCAGCACGAUCACUCCGCCGUACUGCAUCCGCCGCUUUCCACAACAAGAUCCUUCCUCCUACCGAUACCUCGUGCUCUGAGUCCAUCCUCCUCCACGAUAUCGGUACAGGCGGUAUUCCCUCCUUCCGCGAAUACAGUCUGAAUACACAGUCUGGUUCGACAUUCCCCAAUCCACCCGGAAGGUUUGACUCUGGCGCCAUUUGUCCUUUCUUUGGCUGUGUAGAUUUCACACUCCCAAUUGGACAAGUGGUUUACUUCAGUAAUGUGACGUUCCAAGAGGAGAGGAUGCCUGUGACUAUCAAUAUCGUGGCCAGAAGGGGUUGUGAUGCAGUAUUGAUGAGUUUUGUGGAGAUGAUGGCUGACAAGGGGAUAUUGAGUGCUGUCAAGACUGGAAGGAGGGCUUUCUGA